AUGGCUGCAUCCACCAUGUCCGCGCAACCGCAGAACUCGGUCUUCCCCAAAGCACACGUUGGCUUCGACAGCAUCACCAGCCAGAUUGAGAAGAAGCUCUUGAAGCGCGGCUUUCAGUUCAAUGUCAUCUGCGUCGGCCAAACCGGUCUCGGCAAGUCCACCCUGAUCAACACCAUCUUCGCCUCCCACCUGGUCGACAGCAAAGGCCGCCUCUCGCCUUCCGAACAAGCGCGCAGCACCACCGAGAUCCACCCCGUCACCCACAUCAUCGAGGAGAACGGCGUGCGUCUGCGCCUGAAUAUCGUUGACACCCCAGGCUACGGCGACCUCGUCAACAACGACCGCUGCUGGGAUCCAAUUGUGAAGUACAUCAAGGACCAGCACUCUGCCUACCUGCGCAAGGAACUCACAGCUCAGCGUGAGAGGUACAUCCAAGAUACGCGCAUCCACUGCUGCUUGUACUUCAUCGCGCCGACUGGACAUGCGCUGAAGCCGAUUGAUAUCGUGGUGCUGAAGAAGCUGAGCGAGACGGUGAACGUGGUGCCUGUGAUCGCCAAGGCGGACAGCUUGACGCUGGAGGAGAGGCAGAUGUUCAAGGACCGCAUCAAGGAGGAAUUUGCUUUCCACAACAUUCGCAUGUACCCCUACGAGAAUGAGGAGUACGAUUCCGAGGAGGCAGCCAUGAACUCGCAGAUCAAGUCCAUCAUCCCCUUCGCAGUCGUCGGGUCCGAGAACAGCCUCACCCUCAACGGCAAGACCGUUCCCGCGCGCCAGAACCGCUGGGGUACCAUCAACGUUGAAGACGAGCGACACUGCGAGUUUGUCUAUCUGCGCGACUUCCUCACCCGCACCCAUCUUCAGGACUUGAUCGAGACCACGAGCCAAAUCCACUACGAGAGCUUCCGCGCGAAGCAGCUAUUGGCAUUGAAGGAGAGUUCGGCGGCUGGUGGUGGGCACGGGAGCAGACCCAUCUCACCAAGCGCAGACCGCGAGCUCAGUCGGCAAAGCCAGCGGAUGACGAUGAACGGGUACAGCUAG